AAGCAAACCAGAUGCACACUAGACUAGUUUACUGUUACGUGUGCAGAUGUGGAGAAAACAAGGGUCAGUUUCUGACUAGUUCAAUGGCUGGAGCUACUUCAUGUGGUUUUAGAAACUGUUCGACUCUGUUCUCCAUACUUACCACGACUACGGAGUACUUCCCUCAUACCUUUUCUUUCUAGUGAUCGACUUCGGGGCAUUGAGCCUGAGUUCCGGGAAAGGCAGCGAGUAAUACUAGAUAGUUAAAACUAGUGUAGCUGCUGAGGAAGAAAGCCCGAGAUUACUCCAUCGUGCAGAAUAUCCGUUUCCAUUCUAGAUACG